AUUUGAUUCACGUAUUUAUUAAAGAAAAUUUAUAAUCAAAGGAACAUUAGAGACAUCUGUGAAUACUGUGAAAAUUAAAUAUCGACUGUGUCGUUCACAAAAGUUUUACUACUUUAACCUCAAAUUUUAAGGAAGGAAAUAAAGUGCAUCUGUUAAUUGAAUUCAAUAUCAAAUAUUCCCAAUAUGAAUACUAAUGUUAUAAUAAAAGGUCCUAUAAAGCGCAGUAAGAAAUUUAAUAUGUUUCAAAAGAAAAGAAAAAUAAAUUCAUAUGAUCCUACAGAAGAAGCUAGAUUAGAAAAGAUAGUUUUUGGAGAUGCAAGUGAUGUUAUAAAUAAUUUACCAGAUGAAAAUCAUAUUGAAGAAACAAAUGAGAGCAAGAUUGCAAGCACAUGUAAUAAAGAUAAUGUGGAAGCUGAUGAAGAUAUACUUUCUGAAAAUUCUGAUAUAGAUACAAAUGAACAAAUAAAGAAAAAAAAAGUAGUCUGGGUAGAUGAAGAUGAUGGACAUUAUACCGUAGAAACAGCGUUAAAUAUUCAAAAUCGCAAAUUACCCAGCAAAAGGCCAGAGAAGUUUUAUACAGAAUUCUUAGAAAAUAAGUACAAACAUCUUGUAGGUACUCCAAAAUGGGCAGAAAUUGAUAGAACACAAGAAAAUUUUGAUGAUACAGAUUAUGAAAUCCUGAAGCAUAGCUCUCACUUAGAAGCGCCACGAAUGAAGAGCUUACCAAAAGGAACUAUUGAUAUUAAAGCAUUGAAAUCAAUAAAUCAGCAGACAUUUAAUGAAGGUCCUGUAAUAUCAAGUUUAGAAUUCCAUCCAACCUCUACAUUAGCUCUUAUUGCUGGUUCAUCUGGUAUUUUAUCUCUUUUUCAGAUUGAUGGUAUAGAGAACAAUAAAUUAUACAGUAUGCAAUAUAAGAAAUUUCCUAUAAGUAGAGCAAAAUUUCUUAAAGAAGGAACAGAAAUUCUACUAGGAUCUCAAUUUUACUCAUAUUGCCAUUCUUAUAAUUUGAUUAGUGGAAGAACUUAUAAAAUACCAUUACCACAUGGUAUUACUAAUAUGAAGAAAUAUGAAGUAUCACCUGAUGGUCGAUUGAUAGCAUUGUGUGGAAGAGCAGGUGAAAUUUAUCUGUUAACAAGUUCUUCUAAAGAACUUAUUGGCACUUUGAAUAUGAAUACAAAAUGUCGAACAGUUUCAUUUACCCCUGACAAUAAAACACUCAUAACGCACGGAGAUGGCAAUGAAAUGUAUGUUUGGGAUAUAAAAAGUCGAACGUGUAUACAUCGUGCAGUGGAUGAUGGAUGUUUGUCUUGUUUAGUUACUGCAAUAUCUCCAAAUGGUCAAUUUUUAGCUACUGGUAGUAGGGAAGGAGUAGUUAAUUUGUAUGAUAUAAAUACAGUACUAAAAGAAAAAAUUCCAAUGCCUCUUAAAGCAAUUUUCAAUCUUGUUACUUCAAUUACUGGAUUAAAGUUCAACCCUACAUCAGAGAUAUUAGCUAUGGCUUCUGAUAAAAAGGCAAAUGCUUUUAAAAUGUUACAUUUGCCAUCAUUUAAUGUAUUUUCAAAUUUUCCCACAUUUCAAACAACAAUGUCAAUGCCCUCUGCUAUUGAUUUUUCUCCUAGCAGUGGUUACUUAGGUAUAUCAAAUAGGUCACAUAAAGCGUUUUUAUACAGAUUGAAACAUUAUGGAAAUUAUUAAGCACUUCUUUUGUAAAAAUGUUCUAAAUAUAUAAUCGAUAUAAACUUUACAAAGA